GUUUUGAUUUACAUUUUUUAAAAUGGCGGGAAGCAAAACGACGUGAUAUUUUUUUCCCUUUUUUGACUGCCUGAAAGGACCUUUUUGAUCGUUUACACUUUCUUGGAAAAAAUGAGCUUGAAAGGUUUUGACAAAAAGGGAGCAAAACGUAGAAGAGAACUGAGCGAAGAACAAAAACAAGAAAUAAAAGAAGCAUUUGAGCUGUUUGAUACGGAUAAAGAUAAUGCUAUUGAUUAUCAUGAGUUAAAGGUGGCUAUGAGAGCCCUGGGUUUUGAUGUGAAAAAAGCUGACGUGCUAAAGAUAUUGCGAGAUUACGACAGGGAGUCAACUGGGAAAAUUCAGUUUGAAGAUUUUAGAGAAGUCACUACAGACUGGAUGUUAAAUCGUGAUCCCCAAGAAGAAAUGUACAAAGCAUUUCGUUUGUUUGAUGACGAUCAAACGGGAAAGAUAAGUAUACGAAAUUUAAGAAGAGUGGCACGCGAACUUGGUGAAAAUAUGACAGAUGAAGAAUUGAGGUCAAUGAUUGAUGAGUUUGAUAAGGAUGGGGACGGUGAAAUUAACGAGAAUGAAUUUCUGUCAAUAAUGACCGGUGACACAUGAAGCUGUAUCUGCCGAGUUUAUUUAUUAUUAAAAUUAAUCUUUGUAUAUUUAUAAAAGUGCGAAUUAGAUAUAUUUCUACUA